UGGUUGCCGGCAGCUAUGUAUGUGCAAUAUACGUCAAAAGACUUAAGAAGCAGACGUAUUCUAAAGUAUUUUAGUCGAUGCCAACUAAACAGCUGUACGCAAACACAUAGUCCCGUUAUAAUACGCUUUGUCAAAAAAGCCCUGCGUUUACCAGAAUCUUCCGUAACCACAAGAGCAACGAAAAAGAAACAUGCACUGGCUUACAUUAAAGGUGUUGGAACCGCCGCUUCAAGAUGACACCGAAUACAAUAUUAUACAGAAAUUGCUGUGCCCUCAAAAUAUAAUAGAGACUGAAUUAAUUUUACUCAUGUUUGAAAAAGAAACUACAUCUUUUUUUGAAAAACGGAAAGGGAUUUCAAAAGAUUUACUGAUCUCUGCGAACAAACCUCAAAACGGUACAAACUCUUUUGGGGUAUUGCAAUACCUUAAUAAAAUCAUAUACCGUGCCCCAUUUGAUACUAAUUGGCUUGCGGAGGCGAUUUUGGCACGCAGCAUCCAUAACAUACGCCAGAAGAAUGUUAAUUUUAGCCAUAGCGAUUUAUUAUAUUACAAAACGCUUUAUCCUAACGGCGUGACUGCCCAAGAAAAAGUAUUGGUUCAGACGCUUUUAUGCUUGACUUUUUACGCAAAGAAAGACAUGAAUGGGGCGCGGGUUAACUUACAAGAACUAUCAGAUUUAUUGACGCGUCUGCCCAAGACUAUGUGGGAUAUAAAUCCUGAGAUGCAGAAAUAUUUCGAUCAAUUGGACAAAAUUAAGAAAGAAGUAAAUCAAAACACAAAUACUGUAACUUUGAAAAUCAAACCAAAAAAUAAUAUCGAAGUGCCGUUCAAUGGUUUUAAACUGUCCAAGGAAAUUCCAUGGGCCUCAAAUGCGUGCGAUUAUGUCUCAGCGAGUACUGAACAGCGCACUGGAGUGUAUGCCCGAGUUCCGAUACCAAAAAAUGAAGCUGUCGUAUCGGAAGAUCCAGCUUUUUUCCAAUACAGCGUACCCUUCACUAAUUGUGAACUUUGCGGGAUUCAUCAGGCGUUGUUAUAUACAUGCCCUGGUUGCCGAUAUAAAACAUAUUGCUCCGAAAACUGCAUUUCAGCCGAUAAAGAAGAACACCGAAAUGAAUGCUACCUAUACAAAAUUGGCAUUAUACCUGUUCUAGAAGCAACUCAAUUAUAUCGUUUCUUUGUGCAGGCCGCAAAACUGUUGUUUAAUACAACAUUCAAAAAAAAGGGACAUCUAAGAAAAUUUAUAAAUUCGCAGUCUGCGUGGAACUUUAUUGUUAAAAAUGCAAAGACCGAUGAAAACUCUAUAAUAGUCGAGUUCUUGGUAACCAAGCCAAAUUACAAUCUACUUACGCCAGCAAAGUGGUGGGAAAUAAUCUCAACCGCUUUUCGUCUUGCGGUUUUCAUGCAUAAAAGUUCAUUUGCAAAUAUAUUUGACUUUGGAGAAAUUGGACUUGGAAAACUGGACUGCAUACAUCUUAUAGCAGCGAUCCUACUCCGUUUGAAUGGCCACAUUACCCUCAAUUCCAUUCGAACCGAAUUGCGUUAUAAUAUAUCGCAAACCCUGGAAUGUGAGACUGACUCACCUGAAGUCGUACAUAACACCAAUUCAAAGGCAGGUGUUGAACGCAUAACUACCGAUGCUUUUGAAUAUUAUAAAAUUAUUCCGCAAUUCGAAUUUGUACAAAUUUAUAAAGAGCACGAGAAACUUGUCAUGGAGGGUAAACUUUUUCCCGCUGAGCGCACUUUCAAUAUCAAUGAGAGCAAACCGAUUUACAGAUGGCAGGAUAGCCCGCUAGCCGAAUACACGCUGAAGAUAAUGCAAUUAUGUUUGAAUUCAAAUGAAAUUAAAUCGGCUAAUGAUAUAAUAAAUGUUAGUAAUACAUCUGUGGAAUCAUGCAAGGAAGUUCUAUAUCUGAACACCUCGAAGCGUUGCGAGCUGAUUGCCAAGUUUGUUAACACAUUCCAAACAUUUCUUGAUGAGUACUUUAUAAAAUUGGCCGGUCUUGAGGGCGGAUAUUUACGUCAAGAACGGACUGCGCUAUGUUCUACGCUGAAGAAGUUUAACCAUUCAUGCGCAGCUAACGUUCAAGUCCGCGCACUGACUAAUGGACAAUACAUUGCAACUACCAACCAAAAAAUAAACGUCGGUGACGAACUCACUUUGAGCCAUGAUGUAAACAUUUGGCAACAUAAUCGUAGUCAGCGUCGGUCCUAUUUUGAAAACUUGGGAACUACGUGUAGAUGCACCGCAUGCGCGCUUCCAGAAUGCCUAGAGCCAACGAACAUUCGUGCCAGUUUGUAUUGUAAUUGCUCAAAUCAACGUGAUAAAAUAACUCCAUUAAUGGGCGAGUGUCCGAAAUGCCACACAAAAUAUGCUGAACUUUUGCAGGAAAAAACGAAUUUCAUCGACCACAUUCAAGAUGAAAUACGCGAGAGAGAGUCUGGUCAUGAAACAACUGUUCGCCAAUUGGUAGUUUUGUAUGGAACUUACAACUUCUAUGUCAACGAUUUCUUUGCUGAGUUCCACGAAGCGCGUAUACGCAGUGCUCUAAAGCUAUCAAAAUUCCUAGCAUCUCAAGGAUUCUUGCAACAUGCCUCUGAUACGAUUCUAAUGAUAGACUACGAGUAUAGUUUUUUAGUAGAUGCUACACUUGCCAAUAGUUUCUUCUUCGAGAUUUUUGAAGUAAUUAAAGCCAUUCUGGAAGGUUUCAUUCGCGAUGUCCCAAACCUAAUGGAGAUAGAUGUGUCCCACCUACAUAUGCUAAUGGCAAUGGCAUCUAAAUUACUAAAAGACAAACACAUGCAUUUGGAUGCGUACUUGAACAAAGACAAACGUUUUAACAUUUUGCAAGGAUAUUUUACCGACUACCAAAAAUGGCUGAGUGCUAUCAAUUUACAUUUUUUUAUGCCAAAUAAUAUGCGUGCUUUGCUAUCAAAAUAG